GUUCGACGGGGAGCUGUGCUCAGUCUCAGUCUCUCUCUCUCUCUCUCUCUCUGUCUCUCUCCUUUUUGCACGUGUCUCUCUCUGAACCUGCAAAGCUGAAACCUACCUGAUAAUCUCCCAGCCUUUGAAUCCAGCUCUGGAACCAAAUGCAUCGCCUUCCUGCUCUUAAAAAAGUGAAUAGAGUUUGAUUACCUCAAGCUACAAGCUGCUUUGCUCCAUAAGAAGGACACAAAAGGAGCCAGACAUCAUUGUUUUUCAGUCUACCCGAGGAGGUUUUUUUGUUGUUGUUGUUUUUUGUUUUGUUUUUGUGUUUUUUCCUUUUAUGCCAGAAACUUAAUGGUUUCGGGAGCAAGUUUCUGGCUUGCUUGUUUUUAAUCGGAGUGUCGAAAAGUUUCUUGCUGAAUGCUUUACACGGAACUCAGUUUUUUAAAUACGGGUUGAGUCUGAUCUAAAGGAGACACGCGUGAUCAUUUUCUGCUGGACUGACGGGGCAACAUCUAGAGGGGAACUUGGUAGGGGAGAAUGAGAUCUGAUUUGCAACGGACAAUCAUGCUUUCUUCUGACAAUAGUCACAGACCCGCUGAAAGGGGGGAUUGACUAUUAGCCCAAGACAAUGUCUGGAUCUUCCAGUAACUUGUCAGCAAACGACUCUAGCCUGUGGAAAGGAGGUGGUGAUUCGACGGACCUUUUAAGUCUGCCAGGGACUCUGAAUAUCUAUCUCUUCUGCCUGACAUGCCUAAUGACUCUCGCGGCCCUGGCGGGCAGCAUCUACUCGCUGGUGUCCCUGCUGAGGAUGCAGACCCGGACGGUCGUGUCCAUGCUUGUGGCUUCCUGGUCCGGGGACGACCUCCUGGGCGUCCUGUCGGUGACCAUCUUCAUGGUCUUGCAGUGGCCGAGCGAGGUCCCUGCGUACUCUCGGCCUCUGUGUGCCACCUCUGCCCUGCUGUACCUGUGCCAGGGCCUCUCGAGCAACUUGAAGGCGACGCUCCUGGUGUCCUACAACUUCUACUCGGUGCACGGGGCGGCGGGGGGCGGGGCGGCCUCCCGCAGGUGCGGCCAGGUGCUGGCCGUGGUGCUGACGGUGUGGGCCGCCAGCCUGGGGCUGUCCGCGCUCCCGCUGUGCGGCUGGGGCGCCUUCGUGCGCACGCCCUGGGGCUGCGGGGCCGACUGCUCCAGCUCCUACGUGCUGCUGCUCUUCGUCGUGUACACUUCGGCCUUCGCACUGCUCGCCGGCCUCUCGGUGCCGCUCACCCACCAGCUGCUGUGCUCGGAGGAGCCGCCCCGGCUGCACGCCAGCUACCAGCACAUCUCCCGCGGAGCCUCCACGCCCGGGACCCCUCCGGGCCGGUGCGCCGAGGAUGCUGCGGGCUCGGCGCCGCGGCGCCCCGGGGCGCGCUCCCAGGGCCCCCACGCGGCGCCGGGGGCACGGCCGGGGCGGGGGCCGCUGCCCGGAGCCUGCGGGCGCGCGAGCCGGGGGGCCCCCUGCGGCGCCGGGAGCUUCCCCGCGAGCGUGGCGCAGAAGCGCUUCUCCCUGAUCCUAGCGCUGACCAAAGCCCUCCUCUGGCUGCCCAUGAUGAUUCACAUGAUGGUUCAGCACGUGCUGGGGUUUCAGAGCCCUCCCUUCGAGACGCUCAGCUUUCUACUAACCCUGCUGGCCACCACUGUAACCCCAGUGUUUGUCUUGUCCAAACGCUGGACCCACUUGCCCUGUGGCUGCAUCAUCAACUGUAAGCAGGACGCCUAUACAGUGGCAUCGGAUGGGGAAAAAACCAAGAGGAGAGGCUUUGAAUUCAAUCUAUCAUUCCAACGGAGUUAUGGGAUUUAUAAAAUAGCACAUGAAGAUUACUAUGAUGAUGAUGAAAAUUCUGUAUCCUAUCACAAUCUCAUGAAUUCUGAAUGCAAAACUGCAAAAGACUCUCAGAGAGACACUCACAGCAUCUUCAAUGCCAUAAAAGUGGAAAUCAGCACUGCACCCUCCCGGGACAGCUCCAUACUAAAAGGGAUCAACAAAUGUACCAAUACUGACAUGACCGAAGCUGAGCAGGAUUGCCACGGUGAGAAGAGCGUUGAUCCAUUGCUUUCUGAAAAAACGGGACAUGAUGCUAACUAUGAAGAAACCACCUUUCUGGAAGGGCCAGAAAGAAGACUUUCUCAUGAGGAGAGUCAGAAACCAGACCUUUCAGACUGGGAAUGGUGUAGGAGUAAGUCAGAAAGAACUCCUCGUCAGCGUUCUGGUGGUGCCCUGGCCAUUCCCUUGUGCGCAUUCCAGGGGACCGUGUCUCUCCAAGCGCCUACAGGGAAAACCCUAUCUCUAUCUACCUAUGAGGUAAGUGCAGAAGGACAAAAAAUAACCCCAGCCUCCAAGAAAAUAGAAGUCUAUCGAUCCAAAAGUGUUGGCCAUGAACCAAACUCAGAAGACACUCCCUCCACAUUUGCGGACACCAGCGUGAAAAUACACUUGGAAGUUCUCGAAAUUUGUGAUAAUGAAGAAGCCUUGGACACUGUGUCAAUCAUUAGUAACAUCAGCCAGUCCUCGACACAGGUCAGAUCUCCAUCCCUACGCUACUCAAGGAAAGAAAACAGAUUUGUUUCCUGUGAUUUAGGGGAAACAGCCUCAUACUCUCUCUUUUUACCCACGAGUAAUCCUGACGGUGAUAUCAACAUCUCCAUUCCGGACACUGUUGAAGCACACAGGCAAAACAGUAAACGGCAGCAUCAAGAGAAGGAUGGUUACCAGGAGGAAAUCCAGUUAUUAAAUAAAGCUUACAGAAAAAGAGAGGAAGAAAGCAAGGGUAACCAGUGAUCAUUUGGUCUAAUAAAGGCAAGAAGGGAGUCUGUGAGUUCAAACUGCUCAACUAAACAUUUUUGUUCUGAGGCUAUUUGAUUUCCUUUAUUUCUUGUUGGUUUACAUAAGCAUUACAGAUUUUGUAGUUAAUUGUUUUUAGGCUAAGCAGCUGGAACUUGUGUACACACUUAAGUGCUUUUGAUGUAUUAUCUGUAGAUCACACACUGUGGUAAUUAAAAGAUUUGUUUCUUAUCCGAUUCCUAAAGCUGUUUUCUAGAUUAAAUAUCAGCCUCAUUUACUAAAGUUUUUGCCUUCUGGUCAUCCUCAGAGUAAAGAGAAAAUUGCAAAAAUUCAGUGAAUAUACUGUUCAUAUGCUCAUGUUUCAACACAUAAUGCUGGCCUUUACUGCAAGGGGUGAGAAGAUAUUUUGGGAAUGGAAGAAAUGUAGCAAAACUCUGAGUUUAUUUAAAGAGACUUGCCUACAUGUGCCUAGCAAAACAAGCUUAUUACAGUUACUGCUUUAGCUUUACACUCAUGUCUAGGAAAUAUAUUCUCAUGUAAAAUGGCAGACUAGCUUCCAACUUUGAAACAUGCAUGCCUGUAGUCUGUAAAUAAUUGUUUCCUUCAUUUCUAUAAAGUACAAAUUGCUUACUAAAUGUUUUUCUUCCUUUCACUCUUAAAUGUAUUUUCCUUUCAUCUUUUCAUUAUGUCAAGACUGCCCUUGACACAAAAUGCUGUGUGUUACAAGUGGAAUUAGUAAUCCAUCACUCAAACAUUACUGGAAAAAGGUUGUAAAUGUACACAUUAUCAUUUCUAGAAUUGUUUUAUUUAAGCAGAAAUUUGGGAAAAACACUGCCAGAUUAAGUUCUGUGAGGUAUACUCAGCUAGAUUAACAAACUUCUGGGUAAAGUAGAGGAAAAUCCACUAAGUAAAAAAAUAAAAGUGUGUUUCUAAAGCUGCAGAUUUGGCAAAUUUUCUCGGCCAUUCUUGAAGUACAGAAAAUUUUAGUACAAAUAUUGUUCUAACUUUAGGUGCUUUUGAGUUUUUUUUUUCUCAAAGAUAUGUAUAUCUCAAGCAAAUUCAAUAUAUUUUAUUAAAUGAGUGUAAGGUAUACAUUUCAAGACUAAUUUUAAAAGUAGUUAUGCAAUGUUUGCAAAUGUUAUAUUGCAUAAAACAGGAAUCACCUUGUCAGAAUAUUAGCAAUGUAUAUUUCAAAAAUUACAAAUUGAUUUUACUUCAAAAUGCUUUAUUCUGAUCUUCCUUUAAACAUACAUUAAAUGCAUUACUGAAAUA